AUGAACGAUAAAUUUCUCAUAUUUUUAUUACUCAUCGUCUCAUCCUUUCAACAACAUCUAUUCUCAAAAGACGAAAUAUGUGAGCUACGGCCUAAUAAAUGUAGUUUGGUCUGUCCAUUUGGAUAUUUGAAAUCUAAUUCAAAGUGUAUCUGUGCUUGUGCUCUGGAUCCAUGCCAGACUAAGAAAUGUCCUGAAGGAGACAUAUGUGUAUCUUCCGGGGUCGUUGCUAGUUGUAUUCGGAACUCAAUUCCAAUACGUCCUGAAUGCCCGAGGCUUUCAGGUGGCAUUUGUGCUCUACGAUGUGAGAAUGAUCACGAUUGCCAAGGAAGGCUUAUUUGCUGUUCCAAUGGAUGUGGAAUGGAAUGUGUAGUUCCUCUUACAGAUUUCCCCAUAAAAGCUAAACCCAUCUCUCCAGUAAAAGGCCCCUUUAGCAAGUUGAUCACAGCAGUUGAACGGAUACCCAACACCAUAAGUUCAUUUCUGAAGCCUCAAACAGAGUUCACUUCAUUUGAACAACAAAGUGUAGAGCAGAUUCCUGUUAGUAUGGAAAAAGCUGGACAAUGUCCAAGUGGUGAAGUAGAUAAAUGUAAAGUGCAAACGAUGAAAUGCGAAAAAGAUGACGACUGUGUUGAAUACCAGAAGUGUUGUUCAACGAAUUGUGGGAAAAUCUGUAGAGAUCCUGUGAAAGCAACAGCUUGCAUUCAUUUAGUUAUGGCAAUUAAGCGCCUACCCAGUGGGAGUGUAACUAAUGGCUACUUGCCCAAAUGUGAAAUUAAUGGAAAAUUUUCGCCUGUUCAAUGCGAUGAGUCGGAAUGCUGGUGUGUGGAUGUUAAUUAUGGAAGUGAAAUUUCCGGAUCACGUAUUGAUGGAAGUAUGAAAAGGGCAGACAUGUGUAUAAAUCUCCGGUUGUGUGCGGUGAAAUGCGACGGAACUUGCCCACAUGGUUUCAUUAUGGAUCAAUUCGGAUGUCCCGUAGAUGGAUGUAUUUGCAGAGAUAUUUGUCAUGGAGUAGCAUGCGUGAACUCUGCUGAUAUAUGCCAAUUAGUAGAACCUGAUUGUUUGGUUCCUCCAUGCCUACCAGUACCAAGAUGCUUGAUCAAUCCUUGUCCAACUGGACAUCCGAUGACCAUAUCAACCGGGGUCACGGCUCUAUGCGUAAGAACGGAGCAGUGUGCGGGAAGUUAUUGGUGUCAUAAUAUUGGAUAUAGUGGUUUGGGAUUUUGCUGUCCCGGAAAAAAACCAGAGAAAACUAUAAAUGCUGAUUGUCCAACACGAAGCCCGCAACGAAAUGGAACUUGUGUUUCCACCUGUAAGACAGAUGAUCACUGUUUGUCAGGUAAAUGUUGUUUUGAUGGAUGUGGGUUGACAUGUGCUGAAACGGAGUUUCAACCUAGAACGACUGAACGGCCUCUUGUUGAAGUUCAAGUUAAGCCAAAAUUAGAAAUAACACCUGAAAUAGUGUUAAGCCAUAACAAAGAACAUUUGACUUCACUUGUAGCUGAAUGUCCUGUUAUGAAUCCUGUGGGUAAUAAUUGUUCCACUUCUUGUGUUUCGGACAUGGAUUGCCCUGGAAUGAAAAGGUGCUGUCGAUCGGGAUGUUCUACUCUUUGUACAUAUUAUGUCCGAAGCACUCCUUGCUACCAAUUAUCUCUCACUUCGGAAAUAUACUCGUUGAAACGAGUAAAGAAAUGCGAUAAAGCUGGCAACUUCGAGCAAGUUCAAUGUGAUACAGAUGGUUGCUUCUGUGUUGAUGUUAUGACCGGAGAUGAAAUACCAGGGACUCGAAAUCGCCGUAAAAUGCCAAACUGCGCAGAUUCGAAAAUAUGUGUGAAUCAUAAUUGUAAAACAAUAUGUCCAUAUGGGUAUCAAGUGGACAAUGAAGGAUGCGAGACGUGCCUCUGCAGCAACCCAUGCUUAGAUAUAAAAUGCCCAGAGGGAAGUUUGUGCAUAAUGACCAAUGUGGAAUGUUUUCAAAAGGAGAACUGCCACCCACAACCUCGAUGUGUUCUUUCUAUGUGCCCGAUAGGUGAGGCAGCAGUGUCACCUAUUGGAACGGCAGAAGUUUGUUCGAUAGAUAAGGAGUGUCCAGCCAACUAUUGGUGUCAUUCAUUUGGUUUAUCAUCUGGUGGGAUCUGCUGUCCGAAACCUACGCAUCCGAUUAACCGAGGAAAUUGCCCCUCCGUACAGCCACUACUUGAUCGUUUCCAUGAAUGCAGACUAGAAUGCCGUUCAGACGAUGACUGCUCUCAAAGAAACAAAUGCUGCUUUGAUGGUUGUGGAACUUUAUGUCUUGAUUUUUCGAACGAAAACAUAUCUGAAGAGUCAGAAGAAAACUCAAGCGAAUUCGGUAUAACGACAGACUUCGAUAAAAUUGGAAUCUGUCCGUUCUACGACUUCAAGACUUGUGAUAAAGAUCAAGAAAAAUUCAAGGAUGAAUGCUCUUCUGACAUGAACUGUCCAGGAGUACAGAAAUGUUGUACAGAUGGAUGUCGUAAACUUUGUGUUUAUGCAGAAAAAACGACAAUGUGUCUCGAGCUUAAAGGGGCUCUCCAGCAGAUUGGUCAAAUGGAUCGUGUGAAAUGCCGACCAAAUGGCGCUUUCGAAAACGUUCAAUGCUCAUCAAAGUUCUGUUGGUGUGUUGACACCUAUGGGUAUGAGCUCGAAGGAACUCGAACAUCCGAUGAUGUUGAGCCUCAGUGUGAUGAACGAAGGAAGUGUGCUACACCGUUGUGUACGAUUAAGAAUGACUGCAAGUUUGGCUUGAGGAAAGAUUCCAAUGGUUGCAACACCUGUGAAUGUUUCAACCCUUGUGAGGAAAUCACAUGUCCGUAUGCUUCGAUUUGCGUUCCAUCACCGAUUGAAUGUUCAAAUCAACCGUGUCAGGACGUUCCUCGCUGUGUGAUCAAUCCAUGCCAAAAUGAGAAUCCCUUGAUUGAUUCCUCCACCUUUGAGCUUCUCAUUUGUAAAGAUAAUCGUCAAUGUCGAGGAUCCAACAACCCUAGUUCUUAUUGUAAUUUGUUCAAAGGUGAUGAAGGAGUUUGUUGUCCAGGGAAAGAACCCAAACAACAUCCUGGAACCUGCCCACGCUUACAUGAUGCUCAACCUGGAAGUUGCCACCGAAGUUGUAUCAUAGAUGAUCAAUGUGCUGCUGACGAAAAAUGUUGUAGUAAUGGCUGCGGAUUAUCAUGUCAAUCUGCAGAAUUUGACACAUCCGUGGUAUCCGUUGUGCACAUUGGAGAGUGUUUACCCGUUCGUUCUUUAGGUGCAUUCUGUGCACAGAGAUCAAAAGAGUCCGAAUGCAAAACUGAUGCUGAUUGCGAUCAACUUUUGAAGUGUUGUUCAGAUGGAUGCUCGUUCAAAUGUGUUGCUCCCUAUAUAACAACUCAAUGUAUUCACACGCGCUUAUCUGGUUUCAAUUUGAAAGAACAUAAUCCACAAGCCAUGGUUGCGGAAUGUGAUUCGGCCGGAGACUUUAUAACCAUACAAAGUCAUUAUGGGUUAAAAUGGUGUGUGGAUGAACAAGGAAAUGAAAUACCUGGAACGAAAACAGUUGGUCUACCUAGUUGCCGAUAUCCAAAGUCAUGUCCUGUUCGCUCAUGUAGCAAGCAAUGCUUGUUUGGUUUCAAAACAGAUAAUGAUGGUUGUAUAGUUUGUGACUGUCGUGAUCAUUGUGAGCUAAUGGAGUGCCCAGCUGGAAUGCUGUGCCGAAUGGUGGAUACCAAUUGUAUAUCAGCUGAUUGUCAACCGGUCCCGAUGUGUUUACCUAACGUUUGUCCAAGAAGCGAGCCAUUGAUAAGUAGUGAAACAGGAACUUUAUCCGAGUGCUCUGUCCAAUCUGAUUGUCCAACGAAAUACUACUGCCGUAAGAGUGGGUUUUUCGGAAAAGGUUUCUGUUGUCCAGGAGCAGCAGUUUCCCAACUAGCUACUCUGCAAUGCCCUCCAAUCUCUCCGUCGAACUCUUCAGUAGAUGGUUCUGCGUGUGUUGUAUCAUGUCGUCAAGCAUCAGACUGCGUGCAAUCAAUUUGCUGUUUUAAUGGAUGUGGAACAAGCUGCCAAUUCCACACAGGUCGAUCAAGUAGCAUUACUCCUGUUAAUAUCAGAAAAUCAACUAAUGACGUUGCUAGACCGGUGUUUGCUGUUUCAUUUACUCCUAACAUUGAUCCUUCACCUGUCAUCAAUGCUAUUGUUCCUAGCUCUUCACAAGCUCCUCCUGUUUUUUUCAAGCCAGCAAUCCAACCAAGUUUCCCUCCUCCAGUUCUCACUGUGACAGAAAAAGUUGGGCAAUGCCCAUCUCUAAUUCUGAACCCUGGUUGUAAAGAAGAAUGUACUGUCGAUUCGGAUUGCCCUGGUUUCACGAAAUGUUGUACAGCCAGUUGUGCUGCUGUGUGCUCUCAUGCAAAAACAACUACUUACUGCAUUCAUCUUCUUACUUCUCUCUCUAAAGAACUUCAUAGUUUUGAAAGUUCUUCCAUGAUUCAGUGUACUUCUGACGGACUUUUCCGACAACAUCAAUGUGACACCUCUUCUCAGCAAUGCUGGUGUGUGGAUGAGCAUUCCGGAAAAGAGAUAAUUGGAACUCGAGUUUUCUCUUCGUUAGCACUUCCUCGUUGUGAUAAACCAAUCAUAUGUAAGACUGACUGUCAGGAAGCUUCUACUUUUUGCCCCUAUGGAUUGCGCUUAGACUCAACUGGGUGUCCUCUCAACGGUGCAUGUAUUUGCAAAAAUCCUUGUCAGGACAUUAAAUGUGAGUCGCCUCUAUCAUCUUGUGCUCUUCUACGUAAAGAAUGUAUUGGAGGAACCUGUCCCUCCAUUCCAACUUGUGUCCCGAAUUUAUGUGGACUGGGUUCAUGGAUGGCUGACGAUUACGGAAAUCCGCGUACGUGCAACGCUGAUGCUGAUUGUGGCCAUAACGAAGGCAGUCACUGUGUUCGAGAAAUCAUAGAUGGAGAAAACGUGUCGAUGUGCUGUCAAAAGAUAUCAACUGUUACUGCCAUAGAGCCAGUCAGGAAAAUCGCCUCAGUGAGACGCUUAAGAAAACCUGAAGCUUGUUCUUCUAUGAAAUCUGUAAUAGAAGGGUUAAUAAGUCAUGGGCACACCGUAAGCUUGCAUAAACCUUCUUGCACGCCGUCUGGGCUUUUUACUGUAAUUCAAUGUGAUAUAAGGGAUUCUUGUUGGUGUGUUUUUCCCAACAGUGGAAGAGAAGUUAUUGGAACUCGUAAGAGGAAAUCUGAGCAGAUCUGUAAUCAACUAUUCCCAUGCAGCAAUCAUUGCUCUGAAAAAGCUUGUCCUUAUGACCUCACAUUAGAUAGCAAUGGAUGUCCUUAUGCAGAUUGUCGAUGCUCCUCGCCGUGUGAACAUGUUGAAUGUGGAAGAGAUGGAAUCUGUGUAUUGAAGAAGCAGACAGUGAAUGGUGGCGAGCAUAUAUUCCUACCUUCAUGCCAAGCUUCAUCUUGCGAAAAGAAUGAUCAAGUAGCUCUAGAUGCACUUACCCACCAACCACUUUUUUGCAAUCCUAGUCAGAGAUGUCCCAAAGGAUUGUACUGUUCAUCAAAAACUGUGGAUAGUGCUAAUGGAUUGUGCUGCUCAAAAGGGCAAAAAACAAAAACUAUCACUACUCCUGCAAAGUUAUGUGCUCAUGGUGAUCCUUUCUCAAGUGUUUCUGAUGGUCAACCACUAACUUGUACGGUUUCAGCUAAUGGGUGCCCGUCCACACACUAUUGUUCAACUGCUGCAGGACAAAAGAACGGGAUCUGCUGUGUAACAAAAAGAUACGUCUGUAAUUUGAUGCAUGACAGUGGGGGAUGUAAUGGUACUGAAGAGCGAUAUUUCUAUUCUUCAACAAGGCGGAGUUGCAUUCCAUUCACUUAUGGCGGUUGUGGAGGAAAUUUGAACAAUUUCCUUAGAAUAGAAGAGUGUGUUCAUUUCUGUGAAGGUAUCGGCAUUGAUAUAUCCCAGCCUUAUCAGGACAAUGAUGAUACUGCCCAAAGCAUUGAACCAAUGGAAUUGAUGUUCAAGCUGAAUGGACCAGUGGCUACGUUAGAACAGAAAAAAAGUAUUGAAGAAGCGUUGAAAAACUAUUUGCUCUCUGGUUUUAAUAUGAGUGCUGGUUCUGUGGAUGACAUUGAAAUUAAAAAUGAUAAGACAGUACUGUUCAAAAUAACGGAUAUUAAAGCUGAAGAGUAUUCAAGGCAUAUUGCGGAUGCUGUGAAAAACAAUUCCUUCCUGUUCAAUGCAGAUUCUUUGAAAUACACUGCUGAACCGGAGUCCCUCUCUUUUCAGUAUGGUGACCAGAAACACAAAGCGAAACUUACAGUGAAAAUAGUGUUUUGGGCUGUACUACUCGCCUCCACAAUGUUUGCCCUGAUCGUUAUUCUGGUCCUCUGCAUAGCAUUCAUUUUCUUAUAUAAGUCAUCUUCGAAAGACGUUUCUUCUGUUCGGGGCAGUACACCGACCAACUUCGUUUCCAACAGCAUUGUUGCUCAUCGAAUACCGAAACCAAUUCAAGGAAACGAAAAUCAGAGAAUUCGGCGCGAAAUGAUGUUCUCUAGGGAUGAUCUACAACAGGUGCAUAAUCCAUAUAUACGAAAUGAGCGUCCGCAGUCCGUUAUAUACUAUUGA